AUGGGGGAGCGGGAGCUGAUCACGUUGGCACUUGGCAACUUCGCCUCCCUUGUGGCGGCGCAGUGGGCGAACGGCACUACGCGCUACGACACGACACGGCAAACGUUGUACGGCGAGCGCCGCAUCGAUGCCGUGCAAGGCGGAGAAUCGCUGCAGCAGCAGCAACGCACGGGGGCGACGGUGCGGGUGCCGCGGCUCGUCCUCCUCGACGCCCCGCACGCCACGCGACUCAAGCGCGUCCGGUGCACCGCCAGCAGAAACGGGAAGUGCGACAAUGAGGAAGAAGAGGAGGGGGCGAGUGACGCACGUGUGUUCGCGACGGGUGACCACACAGCGCAGUGGGAGUCGUCGUCAUCAUCAUCGUCCUCCGCUGCCUUGCACGACCACAACGAUGACGAGGAGGAGGAAAUGAGUGCCGAAAACGGGUACUCACGCACGGUGUAUCAUGACCCCAACGGAGACAACGACGUGCAAAUGUCGCUGAAAGCUAUAAAGCACGAGCUCUUCCAGGAGAAGGAUGAGCUGGUGCCGUGGUGGCGCUACAUUCGCAGUGGGGUGCGUAACGACAGCGUCCAUGUGCUGCAUCCUCUCCAUGCGCUGGGCGGGGGUUCAGGUGACGUGCCUCUUCUGCACAGCUUCGGCUUUGGUAUGGCUCAACUGCGCCCCUCUAUGAGCAACGACAUCGCAGGUGUCACGGAGAGUCUGCGGCGGCAGCUAGAGGAUGCGGACUUGCUGCAAGGCGUGCAGUGCUUCGUUGACGGCGACUCCGCAUUUGGAGGCGCGGCGUGCAAUAUCAUGCAGGAGUUCUGGGAAGACGCCGGGCCUAAGGUGCCGGCGGUGCUAUUCACCCCCUUUCAGCCGCUGCCCGAGGAGGUGUUGAUGCGGGAGAGUGAGGUUGAUUUUGCCAGCAGACGUAAGGAUGAAAUGUGUCUGAAUCGCCUUCUUGCCACGUCGCACAUGACGAGGCACGACAGUGCUGUCUAUGUGCCGCUCGAGUUGGCGCAGUGGCAGGCGUCGUUUGCACAACCACCACCAGCAGGAGAAGCAGGAGCGGCGGAAAAGGCUCAAGUGCCUGCUUGGAUUCAAAAUGACACCGCCACGGCGCAGCUAAUUGCUGCGGUCGCCGACAGCGCCCUCUACGGUGCUCGCGAUAAUGGUAGUUUGGGCACCAAUACGAGCGGGCCCGCUUUUUACUUGCAGGACUGGAAAGAGGCAGUGCGGCCCACCCGCAGUCUGCGCGUAUCUGCAGCGCUUGCGGCGAUCCCGCUGCCAGUGUACAACAUGAACUCGCCCCGCAACGAUCUAUGGGAGUUCCUGGAGCGAAACCCGUUGUUUUCCCUACCUCAGUCUGCCGCAAAAACUGGGUACUUCGCCCCACUGACUCACGCCACGACUCUAGAUCCUCAAACCGAGGCGGGACGUGUGUUGGGCCAUGCUGUUACGCUGCGCGGCGCCGGCAAUCUGCUUGACCUGACGUACCCGCGGCAGGAAGCGCUUCUGCGCUAUGGCCUGCCGCUGCGGACGGCAAAUUACCUGCCCCUUGUGACAAGCAACAGCUACCCCAUUUCAUCUACGUUCCCGCAGGAUUUUGUGGUGCCGAAAGAGAUAUUGGCCUCUGGGGUGCUGGAGGGCAUUGACGUUGGCGCCCACAUUGUGUCCACGUACGGUUCGGCGCCGAUGCUGCAGAGCAUCACCGCAGAAGCGCAGACGGUGCUGCGACAUCGUCGCCACCUCUACGAGGAGGCAUACAGCAUCGAGGGAGAUGAGUGGCGUGAAGUUAUGGAGGACGUUCUGCAGAUAAGAGAUGAUUACGAUCAUCGUGAUGAUGAUGACGGUGACUACCUCGAAUAA